CAAGAGCAAAAGCUUGAGCAAAAGGUGCGGGCCCAUCCUACUCCAUUCCCAUUCCAUUGUGUGCAAUUUAUCAAAGGGUCCUGCUUCCUGCAGUUCCGCUGUCACUGCAUCGAUGUCAGUGAAAUCACGAAUAUGUGGAGCAUGAAUGCGGACAGCGGCCUCUUGAAAAUCCGACCACAAUAAAGCAGGUUAUGGCUGAGUGAGGGCAAAAUGACUCAUGGCAGGGCGGCCUGGGCCCAAGAUUAACAGUCGAGACAGCUCUAUUUCAUACCCUCAUCACAGUCGCCGCAUCAAAAAGCAACAACACUCUCGCCCUUUCACUUCAUCAAAUCACAGUCAGCAGAGAGUCAACCCAAGUCAAACACCAACAUUUGGAACUCGCUGUGACUCCGAGCAUAGCAAACUACAGCGAGUUUUGGCAAAUCAACUGAAGAAUGACAUAUCAAAGGCCUCUGCUGAAGGAAUCUUCUGUGAUUUGGAAUUAGAACUCAAUCACACACAAACCAUUACCACCCACAACUGCAUAGUCGAAGCAAGAGCUCGGAGGUUUUACCUUAGAUUCUGCUGUGGGAAGAAAACAAAAACAGACAAGGACACUUGGAGAGUAAUUUUACCAUUUGGAGUGUCGGAAAAUUUAAUAAGCGGAUUUCUUAGGAACUUGUAUAAAGAGGAGGAUACUUUCAACGAGGAAAGUUUUAUCAUCAGCCAUAUUGACGAAUGCCUGGCUACCAGUCCAAAUUACGAGGCUUACAUCACACCACAACUAACGCCUGGAGACAUCAGUGACAUUCCGCAAGUCAGGGAAAGUUUGAAAAGGAGCAGCUCAUAUUACUACUCUCUAGUGACUCUUGACGAACUUGACCAGGAAAAGGACUUAUUAGAACAAGAGCUUGAAGAACAAGACGAGCUAAUUCGCUCUUUUCAACAGAUCAAAGUUGCAAAGAAACCAACCUACCUUAAUUUAUCAAGAACUAGUCAGCGCACCGAACAAACAAAACAACUUGAAGCAUUUUUGGUUGAAGAAAUCACACCGCCAAUACAUGUAGACCCACCAGUUCAAACUGAAUCAAGCUUGUCAUCUCCAUGUUCACUGCACACGCCUGAAGAGAUGAGCCGAACUCAAGACUCUGGGAUGGAAAGUGGCUUGUAUACCACUACAGACGAAACUUUCAAAAGUUUAGCUCCGAGUGACACUUCAGGUGUGUUAGAAGAUCAGAAAGCAAACGCCUGUGCUACAAUGGCUAGCAUUUCUGACGCAGAAUCCGAUCGAGAGGAUUUACCUCUGGAGGAAAACAAAGUGGAAGAGAAGAAAGAGAAAAUUGUGAAAAGUGUUGAAGCGCUGAUUAGUCUUGAUUCACUUCAGUCCGAGAAGAAAAGUGAAGAGCGUGAUGAACUUCUAAUUGACUUUAGUGACAGCCCUGUGAAAAAACCAAACCUUGAAGCAGCCUCCAGGAUGAAGAAUGGAAAAUUUAGUGAACAAAUUUCCAAGUCACUUUUAGAAAUGCAAGAUUUGAUUUUCUUGCAAGACGUGGGAUCAACUCAAAGUGUUGAGCCUAAGAGGGAUGAACCAUUUUGUCUAAUUACAAGUAUUGAGCAGGACUAUCUAGAGUUGAGCAGUAUUGCAACUUCAAGCAAAAUCAACAGCUCUGCUAUACCUCAAUUUAACACUUACGACGUCAACAAGUCGUCAAACAGGAGCAGUGGAAAUUAUUUCAUUGACGCAUCCUCGCUCUUGGACGAAACAGAAAUUCCUUCCACCGACUGGAUGUCAAGCAAACCAGAUGAAAAAAUAUCAAUAGCCGGAGUCACCACUUCUAGCAGUAGUGACGCACCAAAUGUUACAGCAAAAAACCUUGUAACUUUUGCCGCUGCUAACAUGGAAAGCCCAAUUUUAAUAACACAAGUCCAGCGAGCACAAGAAAAAAGGGAACUAACAGAACAUGAACAGGUACUUAAAAACAAGUUGGAAGUUAUUGCCAAGUACAAGGAAGAAGCAAGUGACCCUCCCGACAGGCAAGAUAUUGAGAAAAAGCAAGGAAGUCUCCUAUUCAAAGGCUCUAUACCAGCCUAUUCAAAACACGUCACAGGUUCUGAGGGACAAUUGACUGGAAACAAAUUAGAGGAACCUCCCUUUCCUAGCAUAGACUUUACUAAAGUAAACACCACUGCCCAAGAUGUGCAGACUCCUGACUCCUUAAAUGGUAUUGUUGAUGAAGAUUUUGGAAGUCACAACGCAAGUGUUGGUAAAGAAUGCAAAGUUGGAGGUGAAAAGUCUGCAAGUAUCAAGCCUCCAACUGAAACUCCUACGUCAAGCCCAUACUUUGCAAGGAAACUUGACGCCACAGCCUGGGUGGUGGAUAUGGGAGAGCCAGUCAAUUGCAAUGCGGUGAAAAAACCAAAGAAGAAUUUUCUCUCAUCACAACUUGCUACAGUAAAAUUAGAAGACCAAGAACCAGAAAACGUUAAGCGGAAAAAUAGCGGACUUGGUUUCUUUGUGGACAUUUCCGACAGUGAUACUACUCCGCAGACAACACCGCGGCAAGAGAAGGAAAAAGAACCAGAACCCGAAGAAGACAAAAAGAAAUCUUCUUUCUUUUACAUAGAUAUUGGAAAUGGCAAGGCAAAAUCUGAAAUUCCAAAGAAGCUUGCUGAGAGGAGACCGUUUUCUAGAGAAGUGUCAAGAGAAGAGGAAAGAAAGGAUGAUGAAAUUGUGGUUAAAAGAAGAUCGGGCCAUAGCAUCAAAUCAAGCACAAAUCGUCUCUCUUGGCAUGAAGCAAAGGCUGCAGAAGACCAAAAAAAGCACAAGCGGGCGCAGAGUUUGUCUGGAGAAAUUAAACCUGAUGGUCUUCAAAAGUCUGACUCCAUGACAAAAAUAGAAUCUGGCUCUCGACAAGAUUCUUCUAUCAAAGAUAAGUCUGAGAAGGAAUCGUGCAGCCUUGACGAAUCCUUGAUCUGCGAGAAAAAGGUGGCUGCAAAGUCAGACUUAGAAACUUUGUCUGAAUACACAAAAGUAUCAAGGACCUUUGUUAGACUGUCUGAUAUGGAUAAUAGGAGCACACUGAGGCCAGAUAGCAAACUUUCAAGAGAAGGAAGGCCUUAUAGUAAAAAAGUUGAAGAGACGUCUUGGAUUGAAAAUAAGUUGAUGGUUCGAGACUCCAGAAGCUCGAUGAGAAGCAAAAGUCCUGGCAAAGGUCUUUUGAUGUGCCACAGUCCCAACCAAGACACGGAUGAAUCAGAAAUGAGCAGCAUGCAGAGCAGUGUGGACAGAUCGGUUAUAGAUGCUAGCACUGAGGAAACGGAUAUUUCGUCAUCUCUGCCUCACAGAGGAGGUCCUUGUUCGCGAUUGGGAGAAGAUUUACUAAGGAUGUUUAUUGAAGAAAUAAACACGGAUGUUGUGGUGGAUGUUGCUGGACGAAGGAUCAAAGCCCACAAGUGUAUUUUGUCAUCACGCUGCCAAUAUUUUGCUGCAAUGUUAAGUGGAGGUUGGGUCGAGAGCGCUGGGAAUGUGAUUUCCAUUCAAGGAUUUAGCUUUCAUGCAGUGCAUUUUGCUUUGAGCCACAUCUAUUCUGGAACCAACAAUAUACCGGACAGCUUAAGUAUUGUGGAGUUGGCCACUCUGACUGAUAUGCUAGGGCUUGAGGGCCUCAAGGAAGUGAUAAUGUAUACUUUAAAAGUAAAAUACUGUCACUUUUUUCACAAGCCCUGUUCUGUUUGUGCGGUUGGUGUGCUGGAAUGUCUGCCACUUGCUGCUGCUUAUGGACUAGAUGAAAUUUAUCACAAGAGCUUAAAAUGGAUUACUAAGUAUUUUGUUCGUAUCUGGCCAAGCAAAGCGUUUGCCAACUUGCCGAGAGAAUUGGUAGAUAAGUGCUACCUCCAGCAUGUUGUUCAUAUGAGCGUGGACAAUGUUCUUGACACUGUUAUGAGCUGUGAUCGCCUGCUGGCCACAUUGCCGAGUGUGCGUUGGGCAGAAGCAGUGUAUGCACUAACUUCACAAUUACUGGACGCUUGCGUUACUUUCAUGGCUGAGCAUUUCAGCAGCGUUUUGUCCAGCGAGAGGUUUGUUAGCUUGGGCAAAGAGCUGAGUUGGAAUAUCAGCAGACUGGAAGACAGUAUCAUGAGUGCAGUAGACUGCCUUCCACCAGAACAGGCCUGCCAGAGCCACACAAAGCUGAGCAGAAUUUUAACCGUUGCUGCUGCACCAGAGCCACCACUCGAAAUGCAGUGGAGUGCUAGUUUUGUCGAGUUGCUUGAAAGAAUCAAAGUUCGCGUUGAGGCUGGGCUAAUUCGAAUGGGCUCUAGGGCCAUGAGGUGUAAAUCUUGGGCUAUGCUUGCGUCAAGUAUUCGGACCAAAGUACAAGAGUCUGCUUGCCUUGGACAUGACGUAGAAGAUUCUCGAAGGUCGCGCUCCCUUAGCUUGACAAAGAAUGGUAAACGUUCGAGAGGAGGAAGUGCAGGCAGUUCUUAUGGUUCGGCCCCAAGAUACCAAGGGGGUCGAUUGAUUGGAGCAGCUCCGCCAAACCUUGACCUCCGACAAGUAACUUUGGCUAUGACUCGUGGCCAACCAGUUGCGACGGUCCAGCCAAUGCCACAGCGAAAAGCGCCAGAGGCUUCCACAUCCACUCACCAUCCUGAAGUUGUUUUGCGGAAGAGACAGACCAGAGGACGACCAUCAGCGACCACUAAAGUUGAGAGUAGACUGACAAAAUCUGAUAUAAGCUCAUCGAGACCAAAGUCGUGGCCACAAAAAGUUAUGGAGAACCAAACCAAAGCAGCACAAAAGGGUGUUGGCACCAGCAACAGCUCCAGUGCCACAGGCACAAGAACAGCAACUCCGGAGAAGUCGUCCGUGCCUGCCCGUGUCAAGCAGUCAAGUUCCGAGUCUUCCAGGACGUCCUCUCCAGCUUUCAAGGACAAGCAGCGUCCCCAAGCAAUAGCCGCACGCAAACCUCUAGAGCCAAUGAAGUCGGCGUCAUCAUCGCAUAUUCCUGUCGCAAAACCGUUCCUCUCUCCAGUUCUUCGCGGCUCUCGCAUUUCUGACUCGGCCUCCAGUAAAUCCGUUUCGGAAACGCGAACCAAAAACUCGCCUAUUCCCGCACUUAGGUCCCGCAUAAUGAAUCGUUCGUCUCAACCAUGCUUGACUGAUCGAAGGCCCUCCAACAGUUCAAUUGGAGGCAAGAGUUCAACAGCGUCCUCGCCAGCCAAGCAGGCCAGCAACCCUUCAAUUCCGUCAUCUCCAGCACGAAAGAAACCACCUGCUAAAGAAGAGCAAAGACCACCUUUCCGGUUUGGAGGUUCGUCGUCAGCAGAGCGCAAACCAAAUAUCUUGAUGGAGAGGGCAAAGGCAGCGGCCCCCAAACGACCUCUAAAAGGCCAAGAAAAUAAAGUCGUUGCAAAGAAAGUAGAGCCAUUGAAGCGGCGUCAGCCAAUGCCUUUGUCACAAUCAAGCUCGGCACCGGCUAUCAACAAGGGCUUUAAACCGAAACUCCUAAGCAAUUCUUCACGGUCAGGCACCUUCCUUAAAGAUGAACCAACUAUUCUCAAAAAGCCAGUAAUUAAAUAGGAUAGAAAUAUGUUUUGAAGUAAGAAUGAUUAAUAACAUACCCUUUACUAGUUCCUCUUGAGCCCCUAGUCAGCUAAUCACAUUUUUGUUAAACUAGUUAUGAGGUUGCCUGUCAAAAUGAAUGGUGUUGUGCUUUAGGAUUGGUUUGCUUCAUUUAUGCAGCACAAACACUAAAAUUCCUGUACUUUUGCUGCAUUUAAUAUCUGUUGUUCCACGCUUCUACUUAAAAGACUUAAUUGCAUUUUACAUAAUUUUAGGAAUCUCGAAAUUUCUGUAUGCAUCACUGUAUGCAAAAUCAAGUUAGAAAAUUUCUCCAUUCCAUUGGUUCUAUCCUAAAAUUAAAUUGUUUAAGUAAAGUGUUCUACACUCUUUGAAGUCCUCAGAUGUAAUGAUUGAGUGGAACUCCUUUAAUUGGAUUUUAUGUUGCAUUUCAUUGUUCUGUGAUAGUCACAUCUAGCUAAAUUUUGACUGUGUGAAAGAAGUGAAUUUAAUUUGAGUGGCUGACUCAGAGCAUCCUUGAUAUUUUCAGCAUAGUUAAGUUUGAUAUUAUUUAAAUGAAGGUCAUAUAGUUGCAAAUUGUGACUACAUUUAAUGGUUAUUUAUGUAUAGUCAAAUGAGAACAAUAUUAACUAAAUUAUCAAUCCAAAAUUGCAAUUAUGAUGCAAAUAGUGUUUAAAAUUGUUAACAAUUAUUCGAUAAACCAAAAACAAAAAAAUAUAGUUAACAACCUAUGUACUAUAAUAUAAUGCUUCAUUUAGGAAUAGACGGUGAAAUAAAUUUGCAAUAUAUGUUUAAGUACCUGGUUUAUGCAAUUUGUGUUUUGUCACAGCACUCAUAGCCAAAUAAUUGCGUAAUUUGCAAUUUCACAAGCUGCGAUCAUUAUUUUGUGUCUGCCUGAAACUAUUAAUUCUUAAUAAUUCCACAAACUUGCUGUUUUAAAUGUAAAUGAAAUAUUUUGCUGCUUAAAAAGUACUUACCUUUUACUCCAAGCUUGUCACUUAACUGUCUGUGCAAUGUGCAUUUUUAUAUUAAAUAUCGUGUUUUGGUUGUGUUUUCUAUCUGAAAUUUAAACUUGUUGUAUGUAACAGCUCAUCUUUGCUGAUAAUAUAUCCAUACAAAUGUAAUAGUACUUCACACACAAAAUUAAAUAUUUACUAAGAAGGUGAAUAAUAAUAAACUAUAUUAUAUGAUAAGAGAAAGCAAAAGUUGAGAUUGAAAGAAAUUAAAAAUUCUUCCCACAAAAGUACUUAUUACGUCUUAUAUUGGAGAAGAUAAAAUUAUUUUGUUUAACUAAGGGGUACUGUAAUGUGUAAUGUGAGCUGUAAAAAGCGGCCACAAAAAUAGAUUUGACACUUAUGAUUUUUAUCCCUCUAAAGAAAUAUAUAUUUUGGAAUUACAUUGCUAAUAGGCAAAUCGUUUUUUAAUGCAUUUUUUGUUGAGUUAUUUUGAAGGCCAUGUGUUUCAUUUCUAUGGAAAAAUAAAGCACUGAAG